AUUUUAUCUUUUAUGUGAUUAAUCUCAAGUGGUUUGGUACUAUUGAUCUUUAGUCAAUUUCUAUGUUGCAAUAACAGAAAGUUUUUAGGUCAAAAUGCAAAAACUAGUUGCAAUAAUUCUUCUUUGCUGUGUUUUGAAAUACGCUUGGAGUUGGAGCAAUGUAGCCUGUGAUGAUACUCUAGACCCUGGUGACUUGAUUUACCAGAAAGAUGUUAGAGAAGGUAUUUUUCAAUCAGUAACACUAAGAGCACCUGAGACGGGUGAAUUCGAAAGAAAUAUUAGCUGCGUUAUGGCUUUAGAUUUCGGAGCAAGCAACACUAUGCCACGUUUCUCAGAAGGUGGACGUGAUUAUCGUUAUGUGGUUAUAAAUUUAAGACCUGAUCUUAUGGAAAGUCUAAACUACAGCGUGAAAGUUUAUAUAGAAAGAGCUCAUGUAGAAGGUUCAGAUUAGAUUUUGACAUGCAUACGUUAUUUUUAUGUUUUUAGAAAAUAAAUAUGUAGCAGAGUUAAAA